AAGCGCCGAAUUUUCAGCCUUGUAGAGCUGAACCUUGGAACCAAUCUCUCAAUGAGCAAAGCUUACUUCUGCAUGAGCCUGUACAGUACAUUGCAACCACGCAGCCCAGGGUGUUUGAAAUGAAUAUUAACUGCGUUGUGGUGUGCGAUUCAGGAAGUUUAUAAUAUCGGCAAUUUCUAACUCAACAACCCACUGAAUUACAGGAAUUAACUAUAAGCGGGAGCCAGCAGACACAAUGCUUACAAAACAUCAGUAGUCCAUGCCGGUUACACAAUUUGUUCAGCGCUCUGCAGCGGGCUACUAUGAUGCUCAUUGUUGAACAUGAAUGCUGCGAAUGUUGCUGCCUUUAUCAACCAGAUGAUAUAUGACAAACUUUUCCGCCUGUUAACAGCUCACCUCACCUCACCCAACCAAGUUCUUUCGAAAAAGAAAAAAAAAUUAAAAAAAAUGGCCCCCUCAAAUCCCCCGAAGGGCGACGUCGAGAAAUCGGUGACUGCAGUACAGGAGUCUAGAAGUGAAGAUAAAGAGGCCGAGGAGAAUCAGACAAAUUCCCAAGGGGACCAAGAUGAACUGCUGGUAGACUGGGAUGGCCCUGAUGAUCCGAAAAAUCCACUCAAUUGGAGCCGGUUCAGGAAAUGGGCGGUUGCUUUAUUAACGUCCCUUGGGGGUCUUGUUACACUGAUGAGUGGUGCGAUGCUCGCUCCGGCCCUAGAUGCCAUCGCAAAGGAUCUCAAUACCAGCCCUGGCACAACGAACAUGUGUCUAUCCAUUUUUGUGCUGGCAUUUGCCUUUGGCCCCAUGGUCUUAGCUCCUAUGACAGAAAUAUUUGGCCGCCGCAAGGUAUGGAUCCUUUGUUCAACAUGGUAUGUCCUAUGGAACGGUGUCUGUGGAUUUGCAAACUCCCAGGGUUUGAUGUUGUCCGCAAGGCUUCUGGCAGGAUUGGGAGCGAGUGCAGAGUUUGCUGUCACGAAUCCGGUUUUAGGUGAUACUUGGAGACCAGAGGAGCGGGGAAGGUCCUUUGCCAUAGCAACAUUUAUCCCUCUUCUUGGACCCGCCAUAGGUCCAAUUUUGGGGGGCGUGAUCACUAACUCAGUCGGUUGGCGAUGGUUGUUCUGGGUUUUAUCCAUAUUUGAUGCAAUCCUCACAGUUGCUGCGUUCUGGAUUUUUCCGGAAUGUUAUGAGCAGCUCCUUCUUCACCGAAAGGCGAUGAAAUUACGCAAGGAAACUGGGAGAGAAUAUCAUACCCGAUGGGACAUCCACAACCAACCGCUCACCCAGAAACUGAAGCGUAGUGUGGCAAGGCCAGUAUGGAUGUUGGCCACCCAGCCAAUCAUCCAACUUGUGAGCCUUUUCCUUGCUUACAAUUUUGGCACUCUUUACUUUGUCCUGACCAGCUUUGCCUCUAUCUGGAUAACCCAAUACCACCAGUCUGUUUCUGCCUCCGGGUUGCAUUAUAUUGCUCUCGUCAUCGGCUCAACUAUUGGUGCCCAACUUGGGGCAGCUCUCACUGAUCGCCUGUGGGCAUAUCUGAAAAAACGAGCAGGGGGCGAAACGGCGCCGGAGUACCGGAUUCCCCUGAUGAUUCCCGGCUCUAUUGUCAUCCCUAUCAGCUUGUUCUGGUAUGGGUGGACGGCAGAAACGAAGCAGAAAUGGAUUGUAGUCGACGUCGCUAUUGCAAUGUUCAACUUCGGGGUUAUCAUGAGUACACACUCACAACAGCAGUACGUCAUGGAGGCAUAUCGGGGUUAUGUGGCAUCGGCUUCAGCGGCCAGCCAGUUUCUACGAAGCAUUUUUGCAUUUGCGUUUCCAUUGUUCGCGCCAGCGCUUUUCGCUCGGCUGGGGUACGGCUGGGGUCAUAGUGUAUUGGCUUUCAUUUUUCUGGGCCUGGGAAUUCCGUCCCCGUUUAUUCUGUGGAAGUUUGGUGCGAAAUUACGCGCAAAGGGCAAGCCAAUGCCGUAGUUGAGUGGAGCUGGAGGAUGUCUGAAGCCAUUAAGCUACGGGGGAGCGGGAAGAUAUAGCGAAACGAAAAGGAUGAGGAUAAUCUCCAAGCAAAGAAAUAUGCCUAGCAUGAGCCAUAGGUACCAUGAGCUCAGAUAUAAUAUUGUGUUCAAGUUAUGCCCCAUUUCCAGCCGUUUACUGUUAAACGUGGAACCUGAAUGGAAAAUGGUUACAUGACAACCGGAAGAUUGGUAGCCGAAAGUGCCAUCGAUUGAGCGAUGACAUAUAGUCACAAGCCUGAGACCCUAGAAAUAAAUCACAAUCACUACUUCCCGUCUAUUCGGAGUACUAAGUACUGUAUCUAUCAGUCCUCUACCCCUGACUUCUCAGCAUGUACCAUCACUCAAACGACUGCACUGCAACUUGAGUCUAGACUCCGCUGCAGUCAAUCCUUCAUUUCAUUGAAGAAAUAUUUGACCCAUUCUUGAUCGUGUCUUUCCUAAAGGCUCUCAGGGAUAUAUGUGCCUGUCUGGGAUAUUCAGCCAUGAUUGGGAGUAGGGGCGGUUCCGUCUUGGUGUGGCUCAGAUUUCCGGCGAUAGAAAUGUAUUUUACGCAACUCAUGCCGUUCCGGCAAAAAGUC